AUAGAGUUCAAAUAACCUCUCCAAAGUUACAUAGUAGGAGCUGGUAUUUGAAUGUAUCUUAGCUAGAGACCAUGCUCAGUAAUACUCCAAACCAUUUUUUAGUUUUUAUAAUGAGUGUUAAACUACUGAACCUACGGUUGAUUUCUGGAUUAUAUAAUAUUUCAGUCUUUUCUACUCAGGGUACAGCAAUGAACCAUGUUACAGAAUCACUGUGAGAUUUCCAGUCAGGUCUUAUUUCUCUAGUGGAAGCAAACUGCUAUGUGUUUUACCCAAUAGUUAGUACCCAAUAGUACACAAUGUCGGGUUAUUAUACUAAUGGCCCAUAAUCAUUCAAUUAAAGUUUAUCAAGUGCAUAUUAAAUUAAUAACACCGAUAUUUUUUGUAACUCACAUACUGGUAUCUUGAAAUGACAGCCACAUCAUUAAGAUUGUUUACUCUGCUAUAGAUCUUUCAAGGAAGAUUUAGCAUUAUAUUAAUGUAAUUUGGAGAUCAACACUUACAGUCUUUCAUGGCUGUUGGGAACAGUGCAAACAAGAGUAAGUUGCUCCUCAGUGACCUCAUUACAGUGAGAUAAUCAUUGAAUGGCACAGACAUGAUUCAACAGCAGAUCCACUCAUGAGAGGGAAAAACAGGGAAGAGAAAUAAAGGAAUCUUUGAUGAUACAUAGGAUCAGAAUUAGUUGCUCAAACUCAGGAUGAAUCUAAACUUGCUUCUCAUAGGGUAUGCUCCAAAAUAUACAUGCAUCAUUUCUCUAGCCAUCUUCUUAGCUCUGGAGUUUUAAGUCCAGUGAAAAAGAGAAGUGAUGUUUAAAGUAGGGUGUUUUGCAGAGUGAAAGCUUAUCACACAAGUCAUACUGCCCAUGAUCCUUGCCCCACAAUCUUGCUGAAUCAAUGGGGAAAUUGUUAUAGGGAGACAGAAUGAAAAUUGUAACGGUCCUUAUUUCCCUUACUGGCAGACUCUUGGAAUGGACAAGAGGGAGGACACUGAGGAGGUGGAGGAAGAGUAUGUUAGGCCAUGGAAGGGGUGAAUUGGGAUCUUAUGUCAUUAGAUGGUUACGAUUUAUUGGCUACAUGUGCAUCAUGCUUAAAGUCUAUACACACACAUGUUACUCGGAAAAUCCAAAUUUAAGCAAAUGUAUAAAUGUGAUUACUUGCUUUGUGAAAGAAUUCAUCAUGCUUUUGAACUUAAAAAAAUAUUGUAAUGCUUUAAACAGCAUGAUAUGGACCAGACUGCAAUAAAGUCCAUUGAACUACAGAAAAAAAGAAGACAGGGAUGCAGGCUCUAUUUGGAAACUCUCUCAUUCUUUUACCAGGCAAGUUUCAGAACUUCGCUGGGCCUUCAUUUCUUGAUGAGAAAGUGAGAUGGUAUGACUAUGGCUCCCAAGGUCUUUCUGUAGUUGAGUCAAUAACUCCUUGAACAAGGGUGUGUAACGCAGGGAAAUUUAAACCUAAAGUAACAGAAGCCCAAAAGGAAACAGAGCAGCUGUCUAACGUGGAAUAAAUCAAUGGCUUAUAAUUUUUCUACAUCUUGUCAAGGAAAUGGUAAGGUGGAAAUCAGAUUUUAGUUCUACUUCUGAUGCUAAUUAAUUGUGUGAUCUGAGGCAAGUCACAACUUCUCUGGGCAUUCUUUUCUUCUUCCAUAAAACAAAGAGUUUGGAUUAAAUAAAUGUGAAGCUCCCAUCCUCUCUAAAACUCUAGGAUUCUGUGAUCACAGGUUAUUACUUUAAGAGAAAGAUGAUUCUUAUUUACAUUUUCCUUAUUAUGUCAUUCAACAUCUACCCGGACAUACUUCUUUGAUACCUGGUUAAUGCUCUCAUUAUCAAUUUAAUAGGAACGUUAGGAUGUCCUGUCUUGUGGACUAUUUAAAUGUCAGUACAACCUAUAUUUAUAAAGAAACCUGUAAAAACCUUUCUUUAUCAGGAGUCCUGGACUGUAAAAUGGAGUUAUUGCAGUGCCUAGCCUAUUGCAAGGACCGUAGGGAUCCGAGAGUGUUAAUGUAGGUGGAUCCCCAAGCUCACAAAAGACCUCUUUUCUUGAUAGUAAAUGCAAAAUGUGGAAAUUUCACUACUAGGAGAAUUAGUGAAAAUUGAUCUUUGCACGUUCAUUGACUUUUUACCUGACACUAUUUUUAGAGAUAGCACUUGAGUUGAACUCAACUAGAGUGGAGUAAACUGCUUUUUUAUGUUUGCAGGGAAUGGAACUGGGCAUUAGUGAUGUAUUCUCUCUCAUUCCUCCAUCAAGUCAAAUGAUAUCUUGGGGAUUUGCCCAACCUAAGUGGUGGCAUUUCUCAUCCCUGGUGUAGGAGACCUCCACCAACUGGGUAGCAUCAGCCAAAGUUAAACAACCUUUUGUUCUUUUGGAAUUGCCCUUUCUCCAUGCUUAGCAUUCUCUUUCUCAGCUACUUUCAGAAAUGGAGGAUGAAUACACUGGCAGAAAGACAGAUGGAACACAGAAAACAGGAAAUUGAGGCGAAGGAAGCAUGUGACUGGCUCCGCGCUGCCGGGUUUCCGCAGUACGCUCAGUUAUAUGAGGACUCACAAUUUCCCAUCAACAUUGUGGCUGUCAAGAGCGAUCAUGAUUUUCUUGAAAAAGACCUUGUAGAACCUCUUUACAGACGACUGAAUACCUUGAACAAGUGUGCCUCAAUGAAACUUGAUGUGAACUUCCAAAGGAAAAAGGGCGACGACUCUGAUGAGGAAGAUCUCUGCAUCAGCCACAAAUGGACUUUCCAAAGGACCAGCCGCCGGUGGUCUCGCGUGGACGACCUCCACGCAGUGUUUCCCGGCGGAGACAGAAACGGGUCGUCAGGAGACAUUACGAUGAGAAACACGACCAGCAGUGAGAGCGUCCUCACCGACCUGAGCGAGCCCGAGGUCUGCUCCAUUCACAGCGAAAGCAGCGGCGGGAGCGACGGCCGCAGCCAGCCGGGCAGCUACGGCGCCGGCCGGGAGGCCUUGGACGGCCCCGGGCAGUACUGCGCCCACGGCCCAGCCAUGCUGGACGCCACGCUGGGCGGCAGCAGCCUCCCGCCGUCCCCCAGAGACGGUCUCCAGCACCCUUUGCACCCAAAGAAUGAGAAGCCCUCCCGGGCCAGAGCCAAAUCCUUUCUGAAACGCAUGGAAACGCUGCGAGGGAAAGGAGCGCAGGGAAGGCAGAAGGGGUCGGGGCGGACCGGGGGCUUGGUGAUCAGCGGCCCGGUGCUGCAGCAGGAGCCCGAGUCCUUCAAGGCCAUGCAGUGCAUCCAGAUUCCAAAUGGAGAUCUCCAGAACUCAACCCCCGCUGCCUGCAAAACAGGGCUUCCGGGCCCCAGCAAAUGGAGCGGUGAGAGCAGCCCGUCGGAAAACAGCAGCAGCGGGGUGAGCACGCCCGGCCUGAAGGAGCGAAGAUGCCAGGAGGCCCACAAGCGCGGGGGAAUGUACUUAGAGGACCUGGAUGUGCUGGCGGGGACAGCACUGCGGGGUGCAGGGGACCAAAACCACGCACGCGAGUUUCAUUCUCAAGAGAACUUGGUGGUGCACAUUCCCAAGGACCACAAACCAGGCACGUUCCCCAAGGCGCUCUCUAUCGAAAGCCUCUCACCAACAGACAAUAGCAGCGCGGUUAACUGGAGGACUGGAAACGUCUCCCCGGGAAGACGGCCGGGCCCUGGGGCCGGGGAGCCCAGGCUCAUGGCGUCCUGCCACAGAGCGAGUCGAGUUAGCAUCUAUGACAACGUCCCCGGCUCCCACCUGUAUGCCAGCACCGGGGAUCUUUUGGACUUGGAGAAGGACGAUCUCUUCCCUCACUUGGACGACAUUCUGCAUCAUGUCAAUGGACUCCAAGAGGUAGUGGAUGACUGGUCCAAAAACCUGUUACCUGAACUGCAGACACAUAAUGCACUGUCCGGAGAAGCUGGCUUCUGCCCCUUCCCCCCUCCUAGUCAGAUCACCUUAGAUUUUGAAGGCAAUUCUGUCUCCGAAGGUCGGACAACACCCAGUGAUGUGGAAAGAGAUGGAGCGUCUCUUAAUGAAUCAGAGGCCGCUGGGGUCAGAGAAAGGAGGGACUCUGGAGUAGGGGCCUCUCUGACCAGGCCAAACAGGCGACUCCGGUGGAACAGCUUCCAGCUCUCACACCAGCCGCAGCCGUCCACGGCGUCGCCCCACAUCAGCGGUCAGACAGCCGGCCAGCUGAACCUGCUCCAGCGCUUCUCCCUGCUUCGCCUCACGGCCAUCAUGGAAAAGCACUCCAUGUCCAACAAACACGGCUGGACGUGGGCAGUUCCAAAGUUCAUGAAGAGGAUGAAAGUUCCUGAUUACAGAGACAAGACAGUCUUUGGCAUUCCUCUCAUUGUUCACGUCCAGAGAACGGGACAGCCCCUUCCACAGAGUAUCCAGCAAGCCCUGAGGUAUCUACGCAGCAACUGCCUCGAUCAGGUGGGUCUUUUUCGAAAAUCAGGCGUGAAGUCUCGAAUCCAUGCCUUACGUCAAAUGAACGAGAGCUUUCCUGAGAACGUCAGCUACGAGGACCAAUCCGCUUACGACGUGGCGGAUAUGGUGAAGCAGUUCUUCCGGGACCUUCCUGAGCCUCUUUUCACCAACAAGCUCAGCGAGACCUUCCUCCACAUCUAUCAGUACGUCCCCAAAGAGCAGCAGCUGCAGGCAGUGCAGGCGGCCGUCCUGCUGCUGGCCGAUGAGAGCAGGGAGGUGUUGCAGACGCUGCUGUGCUUCCUCAACGACGUGGUCCAUGCGGUGGAGGAGAAUCAGAUGACGCCCAUGAACCUGGCUGUGUGUCUGGCCCCCUCCCUCUUCCAUCUGAAUUUACUGAAGAAGGAAAGCUCCCCCAGAGUCAUCCAGAAGAAAUAUGCCUCCGGGAAGCCAGAUCAAAAGGACCUCAGUGAGAAUCUGGCCGCAGCUCAGGGGCUGGCCCACAUGAUCAUGGAAUGCGACAGACUUUUUGAGGUCCCGCUUGAGAUGGUGGCCCAGUCUCAUAACUCAUAUAUGGAGGCUGAGAUCCAUCCCCCAACUCUGGAAGACCUGGGGGCCCAGCUGGAGGAGAGCGGGGCCACUUUCCACACGUACCUGGAGCAUCUCAUCCAGGGCCUCCAGAAGGAAGCCAAGGAAAAGUUCAAAGGAUGGGUCACGUGUUCCAACACAGACAACACAGAACUUGCUUUCAAAAAGGUGGGAGACAGGCAUCCGCUGAAGCUGUGGAAGGCUUCUGUGGAGGUGGAAGCACCCCCCUCGGUGGUUUUGAAUCGCGUGCUGAGGGAGCGCCACCUGUGGGAUGAGGAUUUCGUGCAGUGGAAGGUGGUGGAAACCCUGGACAAGCAAACAGAAAUCUAUCAGUACGUGCAGAACAGCAUGGCGCCUCACCCUUCCAGAGACUUCCUGGUUCUCAGGACCUGGAAGACUGAUUUGCCCAAAGGAAUGUGCACCCUGGUGUCCCUCUCCGUGGACCACGAGGAAGCCCAGCUCAUGGGUGGUGUGCGGGCUGUGGUGAUGGACUCUCAGUACUUAAUGGAGCCGUGUGGGUCAGGCAAGUCGAGGCUGACCCACAUCUGCAGGGUGGACCUGAGAGGUCAUUCCCCAGAAUGGUACAAUAAAGGCUUUGGACAUCUGUGUGCAGCGGAAGUUGCCAGGAUUAGAAACUCUUUUCAGCCCCUCAUUGCUGAAGGUCCAGAAACUAAAAUCUGAGUUUUCCCCAGUGUGACAUCAAACUCAGGGAAGAGGAAGUGAAAGCAAACACUUGUGGGAGAGAGUGUGCGCGUGAGAAAGCAAGGGAGAGAGAGAAAGCGAUUGACAAUGCUUAAAAAUGGAAGCACUGAGAAAUCGGAAUGUUGAAGAUGCAAGAAUUUCUGAGAACUUUCCUAGCCUUCCUGGAGACGGCUACAUCCCUACUAAUAUAAUAUUUUUAAAAAUCAGAACAUUUAUCUAUGUUACUUAAAAUUAAAUGGAUUAUUCAUUGUGCAUUGCCUAAUUUGCUAUUUAAAGGCUUCUAAGAAGCGUAUUCUUAACUGUAAAUAAAUGUAUGUAUAGCAUAUGUACAUAUGUGUGUAUAUCUCUAUCUGCUGUAUAUAUGUAAAAUAUCAAUUUUAUAUAUAAUUGCAUAUUUUGAAAAGGAACAAGUCUGACUCGGUGAGUCCCUUCCUCACCUGGUUCUUUCCAAGUUGUUCUGGGCGCUGUAUCCCCGCCAUCCUGUAAGCUGAGCAGGAUCUGCUGCUGACGCCAAAGUGUGAAAAUACGUAGUCUGCCCUGAUGUCGUACCAAAGAUUAGCCAACCAAAGGAAAACACAUUAAAUGGUUCUUACAUGUUGUCAGCUUGUUUGUGUUAUUCAGACACGGAGAGUGGGCUGUUGGAUAAAGCAAGGAAAACAAUAUUUAGUCCUCUUUAAAGCAAAGAAGUGGGUGAGGAGUCGUUCCCGCAUUUAAGGCUAGAUUACCGCUUGCCAUGGGGCCAGCAGAUACAGCUUUCAGUGGCAUGUUAGACGCCUAUGGACCACUGGAGUCAGCCCAGUGACUGAAAGAGAGCCUGUAUUUCCCUGCUGAUUAGAGCUGAGUGUAAUAGCUUUUGCAGAGUCACAGCCAAAGGGAGCCUCUGUGUUCUGUUGAGUUUUCGUUACUUACAUUUCAUAAUGUUCUUAAACGUCAUUCUAGUUGACCAGUGGCCUAUUUGUCCACAGUUAAUUGGCAUUUUCUUACCAAUGUAUUGCACUGAAUUUAACUCUGGACACCAGAUUAAGGGAGAUGAUGGUCAUUCAAGAGUCCUGGACCAUUUCAGCUUCAGGGAAUUCUACUAUUGCUACAUAUGAUGCUCUUAAGAUAGAAUUCAUUAAAGUUUUGCAAUCUGAAAGACAGGGUUUUUAAACUAAUGUUAAGACCAAAACUGUCUUCUUCAAUUAGUUUUAGAAAAUAUAAACAGGUCUGUUAAAUUCCAUGUUUCUUCAUUAGUCAGUCAAGCUACCUAUGCAUUUGACCCAACCUUAUUUAUUAUUGUAUAGACUAAGCAAAUGGACUAUCCUUAACCAAUUGCUAAUGGAUUUAAGUUGGUUUUUUAUUGUAAUUCAACAAUGCUAGAGAGGAAGAUAAUUUAUUGUGUUUGGUUUCAGGGAGAGAUUGGUAUCAUAACUUAGCAAUUCAUGCUGGAGAAAAAAAAAUUAAGAGUGUUUUCCUUUCUUUUUAUAUUGUAUGCAUUUAUAUAAUGUUUUCUUUUAUCAGCAAUGUGCAAUUCUUUUAUUGAGAGAAAUAAAAAUGCUAUAUAUGA